AAUAUGUGGUUUACACCCGCGAACUCACAAUUGAUUGACUAGGACGUCAUCAUUGACCAGACAAUGAAUAUGUAGCCUAGUUUGUGAAACAUUCUUUGUAUAAUCUGGCCUAUUAUUUGUCUUACCAUUUAGCCUACUUCUCAUCAGCUAGGCGCUGUUCUGACCUUCACAGGUAGGUCUUAACCACUACAACAUUACUCAGACAGAGAGAGGGAUAGCUGUGUGGAGAAAAUGGAGAGAGAAAGAGUCCAUAAAACUACCCACAUAUUAGUCAUUCCUCUUCCUAUCCAAGGCCACAUAAACCCAAUGCUCCAAUUCUCCAAGCGCCUUGCAUCCAAAGGAUUGAAAGUCACAUUAGUCACCGCCUUUUCUAACAAUGAGGCAACGCAUAAUCAAGCCGGUUUAAUAAGGUUUGAGCCAAUUUGCAACGGGCUUGAAGAGAGUGACAAAAUAGAAAACAUGGUUGAGUGGUUCCAAAACAUUGCAUCAAAGAGAUUGCCUGAGCUCAUUGUGAAGCAAGAAACCAAUGGAUUCCCCGUCAGUUGUCUAGUGUAUGAUUCAGCCAUGCCAUGGAUCCUAGACUUGGCCAAACGGCAUGGUCUAUCUGGGGCCUCGUUUUUCACUCAUUCUUGUGCCGUGGCAUGUAUUUACUACUACCUCCAUCAAGACUUGCUGAGAGUUCCCUUGAAAGAGCCUCAAGUUUCUUUAGCCGGGUUGCCAUCACUAAAGGCACAUGACCUGCCCUCUUUUAUUUAUGAUCCGGGGUCCUACCCAUCAUUUCUGAAAUUAGUCAUUAGUCGGUUUUCAAACUUGACUAAAGCCGACUGGAUCUUCUUCAGCAGUUUUGACAAUUUGGAAAAAGAGGUGGUUAGCUGGAUGAGAACUCUAUGGCGAAUCAAGACAAUAGGCCCAACCAUUCCUUCAAUGUACUUGGACAAGAGGUUAGAGGAAGACAAGGAUUAUGGCUUCGGCCUCUUCAAUCCCAAUGCCGAUGCUUGCAUCAAGUGGCUUGACUCAAAGGAAGUAGAUUCAGUUGUUUACUUAUCUUUCGGAAGCAUAGCCAACCUCGGAAACGAGCAGAUGGAGGAACUAGCAGAGGGACUAAAGAGAAGCAACUGCAACUUCUUGUGGGUGGCAAGGGAAUCGGAGGUGGGAAAGCUUCCUAGCAAGUUUGUAGAGGAGACAUCUGAAAAGGGUCUUGUUGUGAAUUGGUGUCCUCAGCUAGGAGUUUUAUCUCACAGGUCCACCGGUUGCUUUGUGACUCAUUGUGGGUGGAACUCAACUCUUGAAGCACUUAGUUUGGGAGUUCCAAUGGUGGCGAUGCCGCAAUGGACGGACCAAACGACCAACGCCAAGUUUGUUGCCGAUGUGUGGCGUGUAGGCCUAAGGGUAAGGGUUGAUCCAAGUGGGAUUGUCCCAAGAGAAGAAAUAGAGCUUUGUAUAAGGGAAGUCCUGCAAGGAGAGAGAGGGAAAGGUAUUAAAGAGAAUUCUAUUAGGUGGAGAGAAUUGGCUAAGGAGGCAGUGGAUGAAGGAGGAAGCUCUAACAACAACAUUGAGGAAUUUGUAGCUGAACUUCUUUGCAAACCAUAUUGAUUUAGGCCUCAACAACACUCGCUUUUGAAUUACCAAACAGAACACAAAUGGCCCUCGGUAAAUUGUAUUUAGUGUGAGUUGUAUGUUUUACAAUGGUGAUCCGAAUUGUUUUUGGCUUUAGUUAACCGAAUAAAUGCAUUGUCUGAUUAUAUCACAACGUUUAUUACUCCUUGUUAAGAAGUGUAUUAGUUCUCAUUAGAGUAGUUAGGAAUUACACGUGUAACCUCCUCAUUAGCUGAGCUUAGUUUAC